UUAGAUGUUAGACUUGUAAACGGGGAUAAUCAGUGUUCUGGAAGAGUGGAGGUUUUACACAAUAAUCAAUGGGGAACCGUCUGUGAUGCUGGCUGGAAUUUACCAGAUGCUAAAGUGGUGUGUAAAUACAUGGGUUGUGGGACUCCUAUAGCAGCAACAAUCGGUGCUUCCUUUGGGCAAGGUUCAGGACCUGUGUGGCUGGAUGGUCUGAGUUGUUCUGGGAAUGAGCCAACAGUGAAAAAUUGUCCAUCAAAGGCAUUAGGAACAAGCACCUGUAGCCAUGAAAAAGAUGCGGGUGUUGUAUGUCGAGUUGUGAAGCUGGUUAGUGGCACCAAACCAUGUAAUGGCAGAGUUCAAGUUCGUUAUGAUGAUCACUGGGGUUCAGUGUGUUACACUGGCUGGGAUGAGAAAGAUGCUACAGUUUUGUGUAAAGAGCUGGACUGUGGUGAAGCUGGAGAGCCAGUGUCAUAUGUGGGUCCUUUUGUUGAGCCAAUAUGGAUGGAUAAUGUUGCAUGUAGUGGAAAUGAGUUGGCACUGCAGAACUGUCCGUAUACCGGAUCGGGUGUGAGCAGCUGUCUGAAUGAUCUUCAUGCAGGAGUUUUUUGCUUGAGUAAGAAUAAGCCUGGAUUUAAAUUUAAGAUUUAA